AUGAUUAACAUAAAACUACUACGGAAUACAUUCCUCGUCAUCUUAUUUGUAAAUAUAUUUUAUUUUGUCAAGGUGUAUCAAUUAGAAGAAGAAAAACUCAGACAACUAGCUAUUGCUCAUGCUACAUCGAUAGAUUACACUACUGACGAUCAGAUUGAAUAUGACAAAACCAAGGACUAUCAUUUGUUGGAACCGAAACAGAAAAUUGCAUAUCUACUAGAUAAAGUACAUGAAAAUCAGGAUAAUCGAUAUUGGCUAGCUAACACGUCGGUUGAGAAUCCGUCAGUGUUGAUUAACCCCUAUGAGUAUCUACCGCCUAGAGAAUUCGACGUUGUUGAGACCUGGCAAAACAAGUCUGAACUAUAUUACGAACCGAGGUUCACUCUUGCUAUUUAUUUGGAUGAAUUAAAACAUCAGUUAAAAAUGCAUAAUCCUGAUAAUGAAAAACUGAAGGACCAUUUAAUUCGAAUGCCCUUUGCAUGGUCAGAUUGGGUCGACUUGACCAUGUUGAAUGAAGAGAUAUUAAAACCGAUUGGUGAGCGCAGAACGUGCCAAUCUUUACAACUGCAUGCCAAUAAGAAAACCAAGUAUCCUAAAUGGUGUAAAAAUUUGGUCGACUUGGAAGAUGAGGAAGUCGAGGAAAUCGGCUUGUCUAGAGAUGACAUGCCAGGGUUCAUGGUUCGUAGCUCUCCUAUGAAUAAAGUUCAUCACAAGGAAGCUAUGUUGCAAGGAAAGGGUCAUUUGUUAACGUCACAAGAAAAUCCCAUUGCAAUGAUAUUUCUCACCAAGGAUGGAACCUAUGAAACACAAUUAAUGGGUCAGCGUCAAAGAUUGGUGCGUACUGAUUUGUUUGAAAAGUAUCUACAACGUAGGAAUCUAGUUCCUGCUACCGAUUUGGAAGAAAUUGAAAUGAACCCACAAAUUGAAUUCAGGUCGUUGCUUGAAACUAUACCGGCGCGCCCUUUGAAUGAGGACGAUGAUAUCUACAAGAUGAGACAAAUCACUCGGCAAAAGGAAUUCAAUGCAUCUAGGGAGUUGCAUUUAGACAAGGAUGCAUUUCAUUAUAAGCAAGAAGAGAUGGAGGAACAAAUCAGCGAUUAUGAGGUCAGAUUGAAUAAAAUCAAGGAAACUGUUACUAAUGAGUUGAGAUAUAACCCCACUGUCAUUGAACAGAAUAGGUUGAAUCGACAUGAAAUAAACCACUACAAUGGUUUAAAAACUGCCAGUAAAUAUUCAGUUGAAAAAGAGCCAACUUAUUAUAAACUUGCCACCUUGAAAAAAGAUAAGGCCAACACUGAUGCUGGAUGGCAUUAUGAGUGGAGAUUUUUCAACGGGGCUCUCAGGUACAUCAAGGACGAGUCAUGGACGAAUGAGCAAUUGGAAGUUAGAGAGCAAAUUAUUCUUGAUAGACUAUUGAGAAACUGGUUUAGAUUUGCCGAAGAAAAGGGAAUUAUUUCCUGGAUUGCCCACGGACCUCUCUUGUCUUGGUAUUGGGAUGGAUUAAUGUUCCCAUACGAUAUCGAUAUCGACAUUCAAAUGCCUAGUUCAGAGUUGAACCGAUUGUCGGCAAAUUAUAAUAUGACUUUGGUUAUUGAAGAUGUCAGCGAGGGUUAUGGGAAGUAUCUAAUCGACUGUGCUACAUUCUUACACCAUAGAGAUGUGGCAUUUAAGGAUAAUCAUAUUGAUGCUCGAUUCAUUGAUAUUGACACUGGUACUUAUAUUGACAUAACAGGAAUUGGUAUCAACAAUGAACAACCACCGCCAGAAUACGAUGGAUAUAUUCGAAACAAGCAGCGCAAACAGGGAUCAGUUGAGUUGUACAUGGAUAGAAGAAAGCACUGGUUGAACUUUGAAAAGAUUAGCCCGUUGCAUUACUCGAUGAUUGGAGGCGUGCCGGUGUAUGUUCCUAAUGACAUCAUGUCCAUGCUCAACAAUGAAUAUUCAGCCGGAACUAGAUCGUAUUAUUAUGCGGGUUAUUACUACGUGCCGUGUUUGAGAUUGUGGAUACAUGUAAACAAAAUCAAACCAAUCUUUAAACCCGAACAAUACGAAUCAAAGACGAAAGUGCGUGAACGGGAAGCAUUAACUGCAUUGAUCAAAAAUAUUGACGAUGAGGGGAAACUAAGACUUUUGGAAAUGCAUGAAGAUGUCUUGAUUGAGUAUUAUCUUACUCAUAAGCUAACUACUUUGCAUGAAGUUGAAAAGAAGUUUAUGUUUGAUCAUACUUUGCAACAACUGAUGUUUGAUUUGCUGGAAAAAGUUGAAUAUCAUCAUUUGACUUCGAAAUUCAAGAUGGGUUCACCAUUGAGAAAGAGUUUGUUUGACUUUGAGUAUUAUGAGAGGUUCAAGCAUAUGAAGAAGCCGGAACCUGAGAACGAUGGUCUUGAGGAAGAUGAAGGUAAUGAUGAUUCGGAAAAUUCUGUAUUUAUUCCAUUGUCCACAUCAGGAGAUAGCAGCGCUGAUAAGCUCCAGAAUCAUGUCAAUGAUGCUCAAGUGGCAGAGGACUCAACUUGGGAUGACAGUGAUGGUAGAGCUGACUUUUAUGACUCUGACGAUAGAGUAGAUCCAAAUGAUCCUGAUGAUGGAGAAGACUUGGGAGUCAUUGGUGAUGGAAAUGGCCAACCUGGUAUGCGGAUUAAAGCAGAAGUCGAAAAUUCUGAGAGUGUAACAACGCAACUUGCGUCUGAGGGUAACCCAGGCCCUCAUGAUGAUCCUGGUGCAAAGAAUCCUAGGGAGGCGGAUGGCAGAGAAGAUGCACUUGAUGUCGAGCCUCCAAGAAAGAGAAUAUGA